AUGUCUGUGAUUUUCAAACUACAGGAUUGUAUUGAUAGGGUUCAACGGAGAGCUGCAGAGUUGGAAUCUGCAAAAGAAAGAUAUGAUGCUGAGUGUGAGACAAUGAGAAAGCUGUUCCCCAAUGACAAUGAGCUCUUGCAAAUUCAACAAAGAGUUUCAAAUGUUCUUGUGCAGGGGUGUGGACAUCGUGUAAGUACCUGUAACGAUGAAACAGCUGAGAGAAACAUUGUUGAUGAUACACCUAACAUGAACACAAAUGUGAGUAGAGAUAUGCAUGCUUCCCCUGCUGUUGAUCCAACAUCAGCUGAGAUACCACAAACCCAAGUCUCCCCAAAUUUUAUUCAAGAAGUUGAUAAGAUUAUAGAGACUGAUACUAAGAAUGAGACAGUGGAAAUGGUAGAUAUUGUUCAGGUUGCUAAACAAGUUGAAUAUGAAGUCACUGAUGACCCUGUAAAAAGAACUGAUAAACAAGUUGAAGAUGCUGCUGCAGUAGAUGAAUGUAAACAUAAGAAAGUUGAGGUGACCGAAAAUAAGGGAGAUGCGGGAAGGAGGAAAGAAAAGAGGAUGGUGAAGCCUGCAACGUCUCUUCGGUCACCAUGGGUGCAGAGGGUAUCUCAGAUUACUGCUAGGCAAAGUCAGCUGGAAAGCAUCAUAUGGAAUUGGGUACAUAGAGAAAAAGCAAGGCAUUCAGCUGAUGAUUCUGAUGAAGAAGAGGAUUUUGAAGUGGUUUUUAAGUGGAGACAAAUUGAAUGUUUCUUACUGGCUUUCAAGACUUUCCUUCCUGAUGAGGACAUUGAGGCAAAUUUAAUCAGCAUUUGGUCCUAUAUUUUGAACAGCAGAGAAAAAAUGAAGUCCGAAAAUUCUCCACUUAGAUUCUUCUGCAAUGUUGAGACAACCUUUUGCAACAUUCAUCACACAGAUGAGGCCAAUGAUGAAUUGAGAUACAGUCGUUUUGCUUCCCGGAUGGAUGAGCAACUUGCUCUGUAUCCACAUAUGAAGUUUAAUGAGAUUGAUAUGGUCUUCUUCCCCAUAAAUGCGUUUGAGCAUUUCUACAUUGUGUGCUAUGGGCUAAAGAAUCCAAGUAUGGAGCUGAUUGACAAUAGCAAAAACUGCCCAGACUACAAGGAAAAAUACCAAGGUCGUCCUGAGGGUUUGCACCAGAAUUUUGUGAGAUAUUUGGCAGACAAGAAACAUCACAAGGCGAGUGAAAUAAUUACAUUAACGCCUGACAGACUUGAGAUGGAGUGGAGAACGACCAAAAAUACAUAUGAUUGUGGUAUUUUUGUCAUGAGACAUAUGGAGACCUACAUGGGCGGUGGUACAGCAAAUUGGAGCUCUGGUUUUCAUAGAGAGGGUGAGCGAUUAAAAAAUCAGCUACAUAGACUGAGGUCUAUAUACUGUUGCCAAAUUCUUACUGAACCACCAAAUGAAUUGGCCAAAGAAGUAAUUAGCAAAGCCCAACAGCACCAUGCUGAGACUGGAAAUAUCAAAAAAGAGAAGAGGAAGACCACAAGAUGAUCUCAAAGAAAAUGAUAAUCUGUAAUCACCAUAAUUUACAAUGUUGAAGUUUAAAGUUAUUGAGUACAUUGUCACUAUCUGUUAUUUCUAGAUUUGUCAUAAUUUUCAAUGUUGAAGUUUACAGUUAUUGAGUACUAUAUAAGAAUAGAUUUGUCAUAAUUUCGAUUU